AAGAUGCUUUGCUGAAAGCAAGAGAGUCCUACUCGUCCAUCGAGAAACACAUCGGCAGCAGGCAGGACAAGUGGCCAUCCAAACAGAAGGAAAAGGAGUGUCAGGCCUUUUGAAAGACAAUGACUUUGACCUACGAGGACAGGCAGGACUUGCAACAAUUUCUAGUUUCCAAGGGUUGGAGGAUGAAGGUUUCUCCAUUCGAGGCAGACGCGGAUAUUGCAAAUUGGUGCCGCACAGGUGACAUUGUUGUUUCAGAAGACAGCGACAUGCUGAUCUAUCUAACUGUGGAAACUGUCUGGAGACCCAUCUCUUGGGGCCGGUUCUUGGUCUACGAUCUUUUCGAAGUUGGCAAGUACUUGGAAAUUGGGCGCUCUGGACUCACGGCGCUCGGUAUCGUGUCCAACAAUGACUACAGCAAGAAUAUCUUUGGUCUUGGAGCCAUAUCAAACCUGGCAGUGAUAAGGGACAUUCCUUGGUCUUAUGAUAUUCGUGAUAUGGUCCAGAAGUACUUGGACCAUGAUGAUGUCGCGCGCUUAAACCAAAAAAACACGGACUUUGAAGCUCCACUCAGCGAUCUGACGACGUCACGCGAGACGAUAAUCUGUAGAAGGGUUUCAAGAGCUUGCGACAAUCGUUCUUGGCCCUCAAAUUCAAUUACCGGCAACGGCAAAAGCAGCUGCGAGAAUCGAAACAGGUUCCGAAAAGGACUAUGGAUGACCAUCCCAUCCGGCACAAGAAGCAUCAAACGUUCAACAAGUUCCGAACAGUCGAACCUUCCAAGGCACAAGCGAAGGGCAAGGCGAAGAGCAUUCUGGAAAGUCUGCGCUCAUUUGCUUGGAAGCCAGAUAAGCCCCACCAACCCCAACAACCUCAAUAUCAGUACAAGACCGUGCCACAGAACCCAAAACGUGUUACUCCUGUGGAGAUAAGGGCCUUUGUUCAGUUGAGCCAAAAGACGUGCAGGGCGGUAACCAAGGAAAAGGCGAAAGAGCAGGAAAUGGAAGAAGCGAAAGAAGUUGCCAAGAAUGCGGCCACGGAGGAUGAAAAAGAGACCACUGAGCAGAAAGAGGAAGCGACGCGGUCAGCCCGAGAUGUUGCU